UUGGUCGACUACAGGUUGCAAGUUGUAGUUCUGAGGGAGCAAUUAUUUCUUGGGAUGGGUUGAUGGAACAGGAUUGGAUUGCUGAUAAAAUGUGUUUGCGAGAGAGAACAUAUUGUAAUUAUAGGGAUAUCAAAAUUUUAAUAUGUUCGUGGAAUAUUGGUGCUUGCAAACCUAACGAUCUGGAUAAAUCUUCUGAUGGCAUUAAAUUUAUGAGAUCAUGGCUUGCAAGUACAAAGUCACCCGACAUUAUUGUUAUUGGGUUCCAGGAAAUUUUUGAUUUGAAAUCAAAAAAAAUGAACGCAAAAACUAUGUUGACGUCCAAAAAGAAACUUCAAUCGAAGGUUGAAGAGAAUCUCGAAAAACGAUCCCAAGAAUGGCGUGAUAAGCUUGUGAAGAUGGUUGAACAUGCAUCGAAUGGUGACAAAUAUGAAGUUUUCAGUACAGGAAAUCUUUUUGGAUUGUUCUCAUGUUUUUUUGUCAAGAAAACAGAGAAAGAAAAUAUAAGAGAGGUUCAUACUGCGAUGCAUAAAACUGGACUAGGAGGCUAUAACGGGAAUAAGGGUUCGAUAGCGACACGUUUCAUAUAUGACGAUUCAUCAAUGUGUUUUGUGAAUUGUCAUUUAGCAGCAGGACAAAAAGAAAUUUUAGCGAGAAACAAAGAUGUAGUCAGUAUAUUAGAAAAUACUACAUUUCCCGUUUGUUUCAGAGAAGCAUGGAAUGAUUAUGAGAAUGUGUUCACUCACGGAGGUGAUGGUACCAUGAUCUUUGAUCAUGAAAUUUGUUUUUUAAGUGGUGAUCUUAAUUAUCGAAUCGAUUCGCAACGCGAAGUAGUCCUUAAAGCGAUCGCAAAGAAAAAUUAUGAUUUAUUAUUGGCACAUGAUCAAUUAAUUAAACAACGAAAAACAAAUCCUUCAUUCCGGUUACGUUCCUUUUUGGAAGGCGAACCAAGAUUUGACCCAACAUAUAAAUAUAAUCCAGGUGGAGACGAAUAUGAUACAUCAGAAAAACGGCGUAUACCAGCUUGGUGUGAUAGAAUAUUAUAUCGAGGACCAAGGGCAAGGAUAAUACAGGAACAUUAUGAAAGGUAUGAAUUGAUGAAGGAAUGGAAAGAUACAGUCGUUAAAGAAAAAUCAAAACUUAUGGCAAAAUGGUUACAUGGACGUGGAUUUGAAUAUGAAAUAGUCAACAAAGUGCUAAAAGAAGUGCACGGAAAUCUACGAAAGGCUUUCGAGAUGCUGAUUAAAAAUUAUG